AUGGAGCAGCUGGAGAUGGUGAUGGCCCUAAUAAAAGUUCAGCUCAGAGCAGAAAGAGAAGUUGCAGUAGCAGGUGUGACAGACAUGGCCCCUGGCAGGGAGCUUUUUACACAUCUGCGAAUGCACAACGCCACUGCCUACGCGCGGCCCCAUAGGACCUGUCCCGCAUCUGACGUUCUCUUGGAAACAUCAGACUGCCAUUUGGAACGUCAAAACAACUUUGUGGCAAUUGUGGAUUUGCCUGAGGGUGAGCACCAGUAUAAAUUCUUUGUGGAUGGACAGUGGACUCAUGACCCAACAGAGCCUGUGGUGACCAACCAGCUCGGCACGGUCAACAACAUCAUCCAGGUGAAGAAGACAGACUUUGAGGUGUUCGAUGCGCUCAUGGUGGAUUCACAGAAAUGCUCUGACAUGUCAGACCUGUCCAGCUCUCCUCCUGGGCCGUACCAUCAGGACGCUUACGUACCCAAACAGGAGGAGAAGUUCAAAUCUCCACCCAUUCUGCCCCCACAUCUCCUACAGGUCAUCUUAAAUAAGGACACAGGCAUCUCAUGUGAUCCAGCUUUGCUCCCUGAGCCCAAUCACGUCAUGCUUAAUCACCUGUAUGCUCUGUCCAUUAAGGACGGCGUUAUGGUCCUGAGUGCCACACAUCGGUAUAAGAAGAAAUAUGUCACAACCCUGCUGUACAAGCCAAUCUGAGAAACAUGGCCAUUUCAACACUCAACUUACAUGACCUCUGUCUAGUUUGGCUGUUAUAUAUAGUAUGUAUUACUGUAAAUAGAAAUGUACAGAGAUGCACUUUAGAGGUACAUCCCACCUUAAUGGGUAUAAAAUAAUCAGAGACAUAGAAAUAGCUCAGUUUUACUGGACAGUUAAGCACAUAUCUACUCUUUUAGGGGUUGGUACAAUUUUUAAACCCACUAUUCAGUGGGACUGGGCCAAAUCGACUGAAUCGAAACCAGUACAGAGGUGUGUUCUUGAAUAGUGUAAAUAAAGUGUGACGUUUAUUU